AUGAGAAGCAGUCUCACUGUUGUAGCGCAUGAACUGAAUGGUAAAAGAAUUGCAAAAAUGCAUGUCGACCAAAUUCUUUACUUGCUCAGUAAUGGCUUUAAUUUUAUUGUUCUGUGGACAUUAUGUGCGCGAAAGCGUUCACGUAUAUUCAUCAAAAAGGAGAAAGCCGCAUUUCAAAAUUCUCCGAAAAGAAAGCGAAUUUCCCGGAAUUCCAAUCAGAAACAUGAAGGGAUAAGACCUGAAGUGGCAAAACGAGUGCCGAAACAGGAACAGGAGAAAUUUGGAGUCAGGACAUGUGUAAAGUUUUCGCCAGGAGAAUCGCCUCGACCAAGUGCAGCAGAUGAAAGAUCAGAAAAGAUAAGAUCAACAGAAUGGUGGAGCAAGAAGAAGAUAGUUCAUCUUAAGCCAGAAUCUACACAAAGGGAAAUUGAAAGCGAAUGCCAGCGAAAAGAGAAAUUACUGGCUGAAAUAGUGAACGAGGAUGACGUAGCGGCGACACAGAAAGACACGAUAACGGUGAGAAGUUCAACAACGACGACUGAUAGGGGAUCGGGGACGAGCCCUAAUGAGGAAAAAUGA